AUGUGUCCUUCUUUCUUCUGCAAGUUGGCCGACCUUUUUGAGCAACGCAAGAGCAAGGGACGUGGCUCGAUAUUCCUCGUCCAGAAAAGAUUAUCCUACGGCCAAGAAACGACCUCGGCGCCACCAGCCAGCGAUGAAUCCUUCUCCGACCUCCACCUCGCAAACCCGCUCCCUGUGAUUGUGCGCGCGACAAACGGCAAGUCGAAGAAACAUAGAGACGACAAAAUCAAGCUGUCUACAAUCGUUCAGCCUGAUGCUUUGGAAUCCUUCUACGCCAGCUACGCCGACAUCUGCAAAGGCGGUAUGGCCGCACUCAAGCCUCGGGAUCGGAGUAAAAAGAAGGCCAGGGCCAGAAAGAAGAAGGGAGGUGCAGUCACGGCCGUCGCUGCGGCGUGA